AUGCGUUAUUCCGUGCAAUUUGACAAGCGAAGUGCAGAAUACAUCGCCAAUAACAUUGGGAUCUCUGCUUUAAAAUAUGUCUUAGGACAGGGUGUUUCCAGACUUCGAAGGUUCGUCUGGCUUCUUGUUAUUCUCCUGGCGUCUGCGUGGAUGAUCUGGAACAUUCAGGGCCGUGUCAACUACUUCCUGUCUCGACCUUCCGCCAUCACAACAGAAAUGAAGUUCAAGGACAAACUUAUGUUCCCAAAAGUCACGAUAUGUAACCAAAACAUGUUCAGAUCCAGUAAAGUGUUUGAGAAUGUAGACAGACCGCGGAUGUCCCCCACUGUGUACGAAGCUGUUGACCGCUAUUUGUUUAGUCUUUGGGACGAUAUCGACAGCACGUCUUUGAAGUACCACGACAUCAACAAGUACGACUCCAUCCUGUCUGACAUCAACGUCACUGAGUUCUACAAGAGGGUCUCACACCAAAAAACUACGCUCAUUCAAAGGUGCGUGUGGAAAGGUGAGCUGUGCGGUCCAGAAAACUUCACGGAGGUCUUCACUAACAUGGGAGUGUGCUACCAGUUCAGUAUCAGCCCAGAUGACAGACUCACUGAUAAAGCAAAACCGGUUAAACAGGUAUUCUUUCACGACCCCUGCGCGUGCUGUAUCCUCACCGUCGUGCAGGGAUACAAAGAUGGCGGCCUGACCCUUGACCUCUUCAUUGAGCAGUAUGACUACAUGCGAGAUCCUCAGACCCAGGCCGGAGCACUUGUGGUUAUCACUGAUCACAACGAAACCGAGGCCUUAGCCAAGGAACAGGGCAUUGGAGUUAGCGUCGGUCAAUAUGUAUCUAUUGGUCUUCAGCAAAGAGAAACCAUCGACCUUCCACCCCCACAUGGUGAAUGUGGAACCACUGAAUUGGACAACUACCCCGAUGACGUCCCUUACAGCUACCAGAAAUGUCACCUGAACUGCCUGACGUCAUUCAUCAAGAGGAAAUGUGGCUGCGUCAGCGUAUAUAUGCCUGGAGAUGACGUACCCAAAUGUACUUUACUCAGGAACGUAGAAUGUGUCACACCUAAUGAAGAAUUAUUCUACCUCACUGGUCAGAUCACGCAGUGCACCUGUCCGUCUCCCUGUGAGUCUGUCAUCUACUCCACAUUGCUAUCGCUCGUUAAGUUCUCCAACCCGUUUAGACAAGAGUCGGCGCUUCUGGAGGCUCCGGUGUCCCUGUCUGAUGUGAACAGAGCCAGAUACAUCCACGCCUGGGCUCUGCUCAACAUACUAAACCCCGACUUUACUGACCAUUUAGCAAAGUUGGGUAUCGCACUCGACGAAUACAAGAAGAUUAGACAAAAAUAUUAUACUGCGAUGGACAUGGUUCUGGCUGAAGUCCAAUAUUUGAUGGAUGUUGUUUCAGAGCACGACUUGGUGAAUGACAUGAUGAUGGGGAUAAACCCACAACAAGAAGCAAACAUUACACGGCAGGAGCUCCACAAAGCUCUACAAUGCAUCAAACGGAAUCACUGGGAGUCAGCAUAUGGUCACAAGAAAAUUAAUUCGUGGAUGACAGCAAAUGACGAUAUGGACAUUGACUUCGUAAUGGUAGAAGACUUUAUAAACCAUGAUCCGGUUUCUUACGUUUUGUUUGAGGAAGAAAAUGUCCAGGAGAGCAUUGCAUGUUUUCUAAAAGAUCAGAAACUGUUCUUCAACUGUUCUCUCGCCGCUAUCAAGAUGCAGGAUCUGAAUCUCUCACACUGGAACAGUUCCUCCUUAACCCAAGACACACUGGACCUUGUGUCUGAAAUGGACAUGGUUUACAAGGUUUUCGACACCAAAACGAGACGGGCCGUGGACGAAUUUGAAAAUUAUAUGAACGACGUGCGUGAAGUAGCUCUAAGGCCAUACCGGAAAUUCACGUCCAGCUUCUACAGUGACAAUUUGUUGAAGAUUGAAAUCUACUUCAAAGAUCUUGGCGUGCAAGAAUCGAAGAAAUCGCCAUCAUAUUCUGCAGAAGGUCUUGUGUGUGAUAUUGGUGGCAGUAUUGGGUUGUGUCUUGGUGGCAGCAUCUUGACCCUCGUUGAGCUUUUUGACAUUAUCGCUGUUAUAUGUGGAGAACGGAAGAAAAAACGGACAGAUCUGCCGUUAACUGUGAAGAAGGAAGCUGGUUAGAACUUCCCCAACUCUUGAUUGGAUAAUUUUGCAUAGAAACUACGCCACGGGACAGAAUAUCCCACGUGACACAUGUAUAUUACUAUAUUUCAUUUAUUUUACAGUCAUUGGCUGUUA